AUGCCGAAGGGAACACAUCUGCCUGGACAUCUGGACUCGUUCCGGCAGACUCUACGACCGAAGCAUCAGCUUCUCGUCCUGAAAUGUUACCCACGCUUGCCGAAGAACAGCGCGGCCGACGUCAAACCGAACGGCAGCGAGCUCAGCUAUCUCCUCUACUACGCCAGCACGCGGCGCAGUAAACUACACAAAGUCGGCAGCUUCCUGGAGCGCAAGACCGCGUCUGAUGUGUACAAAGCACAGAGCGCGCGGGUCCUGGUCACGCUACAAAUAUUGACUACGCUGCUGGAGAACAAGGCAGUUGGUGGAGGGAGCGGUUUUGCGCUUAUCGCGCCAUACGUGUUGCGGAUUAUCAGGGAGAUAUUGCAGAGCACGAACGACAUCAGCUUGAUUGAGGCGAGUCUGACUACUUGGGCCGUUUUCUGCCGGGACCAGGAUCAGGCAACACUGAACGCGGAUCACGAGUAUCGCGAGCUCUACGAGGAAGUUGUGAAGCGCUACGCGAGUCUGGCGCGGAAAGAUGGAGCGAAGAAGCUGGGACGGAGUGCGCAGGCAGUUGCUGUCCAAGAUGCUAUACGGCUACGGGAGGCUGGACUGAGCGCGAUGAAGAGCAUAUUACUUUCUGAUGCGUUAAGCGAGAAUGGGAAAUUGCUGGAUCUUGUCGUGCCGACUAUCCUCACCAAUGUGCAUGGGGAGGAUGAAGCGUACUUGACGAAUCUCCAGCGACAGAGCCAGCAAAAUGAGGCGGAUGAGAAAGACAGAGCCGUUGCCCGUAGGAUGAGCAUGGCCACCGUCCGGACUUAUACAAACGCCACCGCAGAUUCUUUUGACGCUGAUCCGAGACAAGCAGAGGGCACAGUGCAGGAUGCGGAUGCGCUGGCUGAGGAGGAGGCAGCUGUAUUGGCACUGGACUGUUUGCGCGCUGUUUUCGCGACCGAGAAUCGACAGCAGAUACGAGCAGCGGCGAGCGCGGUGCUGCGGUACUUGAGUGGCAUACCAUCGCCUAAAAUACCGUCAAAGCCAUCAGAGAAGGACUUUGUCUCCAACAGCUGGGCGACGAAGCUGUUCGAGAUCUGCACGGCGUGGACACCCGUUCAAGAGCGCUUCAUUCUUAUCGUCACGGCCGUCGAGACUCUGGUGCGAUUACCGCUCAAGGAGUCUGACCUACAGCAGCAUCUUCUCUACACCGACAUUGUGGGCAACAUCCUUCGAUCCGACCUCAAUCUCAUUGGGUUGUCCGUCAUGGACGUCCUCCUCAGCCUAAUACAGCAAAUCCUUCGAGUACUCCAGCUCAAUGGCCCACGUGUGUCUGGCCGGAGUUCAGCGGCUCAACUAUUCUCCAGCGACGAAGAGAUCAAACACCCUGCUUCACCCACCUCGGUACAGCCAGAGAAUGACUUGCCGUCAGAAGCACGAAUACGACUCACAGAGCGAUUGAAGCACUGCAUAUCAGAUCUUGCCACGCAUGUGUAUUACACUGACCAGGUCUCUGAUAUGCUGGCAGCAUUGCUGAUGCGCCUCAAGCCAACUCCUGCAUCAGCAGGCCACCAAAAUGCCACUGUCACCGCUGCUGCGAUCGAAGAGCCAAAAGCUGCUGUUGCAGAGGUUGCUUCGAACGUUAGCCUGCCAGCCCGCGAAAGAUCGAAUAGCGCAGCGUCUGCCUACUUCACGUUCGACACAGCGCGGCAGAUUGCGCUCGAAGCUGCGAGAGACAUGCUUCUCGUAGCCAACUCUGCGCAGUCUAUCGCCACAGGCGGCGUUGCCGAUUCAAGAAACAAAGUGUCGUUUCCAGUUUGGGAAGGCACACAAUGGCUUCUCCGCGACCCUACCUUUGCUGUAAGGAAAGCCUACAUCGAGGCUCUGACCACAUGGUUGCAGCUGGAGAUGAAACCAAGCGACGCUCGCGUCAAAGAGCCGAAGGACAAGACGAAGGUGAAAGCGGAUGGCUCUGUUGCAAGACGAGCCGUGAGCAGCGCCAGCCAUAAAAAGAAGCAGAGCAAGAAAGCGACAAACACAUUCCUGCAGCUGUUGCAUCUUAGCAUCUACGAGCACGCGCUGUCGUCCGCAACUUCUCAAGUCGAUGGCGAUAGAGAGUUCUUGUUCUUGCACCACUUGCUUGUGACGCUUGUUCAAAAGCUGGGCGUCAAUUCUGUUGCGAGUGGACUUCCGAUGAUACUUGCGCUGCAAGACGAGAUGGGCAACACCGAAAACAUCGGCGCGAAAGCUAGGAUUGGAAGUCUGGUACAUGGCUACCUGUGGACGCUGUCCGAAGUCUUCGAAUUCGACGCUUCGUUCGUUGGACAGGAGAUCUUCAGUGAAGUGAGGAGACGACGGGAUGCUGGAAUUUGGCUCAAAGACCUCAGCGUACCGCCCAAGCCACUGGAGCAGGCGGCGCUCGUGUCAACAUCGAAAAGCAGUCGUGGCCAGACUGCAGACUUGCAGCCGUUUGAGAGUCGACAAGCACUCGUCGACCGCAUCGCCGACUCCUACUCGUCUGCCUUCGCUUCGCCUCCGACAUCAGCACCUGGCUCUCCUGGCCGCAGCCCUGGACGCAACAGCUCGAUUGCAGUAGCGAGCCUCGACCGGACAGCAAGCAACUAUCUCAGCGCCAAACAACCGCCAGAUCCAUCCGCCGCUCUUCCGGACAAAGUCAAGGAAGCCAUGCUCGAGAAGUGGACAAGAGAAAGCUGUCUGGCCGCCAUCGCCGCCGCAGCUCCAAAAUCUGUCAGCGUCAGUGCGAGCAGGAGCUCGCCGUCACACGCGCUCGCGGCGGGCAACCAUCGCCAGCUGCUCGCUGCCGUCAAUGGGCCGAGUCCUGUUAGGAACAACAGCGUCCCGAAGAACCUUUCAUCUGCCGGCAACGGCACUCCUCCCUCGCAGAAGCAACAGAACCUCGGUGCGCGCCUGCACUCGCAGAGUCCCCAUCGCCAACGAAGCGGUAGUGUGGAUGACACCGGCGCACCCAACAGCUCAGCCGGCCACAGAGGCACGGUUCGUGUUGACGAUCUCAAGCGCGUGCUCGCCGGCGGUGCCUUCUCCACAGGCCUUCUCGGUGCCUUCCCCGGCCAAGGAGCCGAAGAUACCGCCAGCGAAAGUCUCGUCGACGUCGAAGGCGAAGACCUAGCCAGCGAGAAUGGUGCGGGCUUCGAGACACCUCCUCAGUCGCAAUUUGAGGCCGCCGCCGCUUUUGGCAGACCACCCGCCAUCAUCGAAGAAGCACCAACACCGAUGAACACCACAAACGACCUUUCUUCGGAAGCCCCGCCUGUGCUGUCGCUGUCGCAAGGUGCUGUAACGAAUGGCAAACUACCUUACGGUAGCAGCCAACCCGGAGCUGCGCACGUGAAUGUCACGAACGGGCCUGUGCCGACGAAGCCGCCACCUUCUCGCGGCGGUGCGAGCGUGAAAAGCAAUAGAGGCGGGCAUAGCAGGAAGGACCUUACCGCUUUGCUUGCUGGUAUUGGGACCGGGGAUGGUGCUGAGAAGGAGAAAGGGGCUUUUACUGGGCUGGAGGCGCCGCCGUACUAG